AAUGAGUGAAUGAAUGAGGUCGCGCUCUGGUUGGCUAGUCGCCGCCGGCUCUCUCCCUCUCCGCUUGGCGCGGCGCUGGCCCACCGCUGCCCUGUGCUGGGGAGGGCGUUGAAGCGCAGCCUCCUCUUCACCCUGCCCGCCCUCCCUCCCUCCCAGACAGUCCGCGGCUCCUCCGCUCCAUUCCCGCUGCUGGAAGCAAGGGAGAGGGAAGCAGCUCGUGCCGUCUGCGCCACCUUCUAUUCAGCAUCCAGUUCGCCAUGGCCUGGGCUUGAGCGGCUCCGAAAAGAAGAUGCUCGUGGGGAGGCAGCAGCAGCAGCGGCCGGUCGGCUGGGACCGCUGCAGGGUCAGCGAGAGGUUGCAAGCCGCCCUGGCCGGCCUCCAGGAGCUCCAGGUGCUGCGGGAGAAGCAGCGGGCGCUGGUGAGCGGCGCCUUGGCCAUGCAGGACGCGGCCGAGGGGAGGCAGGCUCAAAGCAAGGAGCAGCGGCUGGAAGCCACCCUGACUGCCUUGAAGGAGCAGCUGUCCCGCCUGAGGAGACAAGAUGUUGGCCUGAAAAGUCACUUGGAUCAGCUGGACCAACAGAUUAGUGAACUGAAGCUGGAUGUUGGCAAAACCUCAAUCGAGUAUCUUGACAGUGACAGCAGACCCAGCUCAGGCUUUUAUGAUCUGAGUGAUGGUGGCUCCUGCUCCCUAUCUAAUUCCUGUACUUCUGUCUUCAGUGAAUCCGUCUCCUCCUCCCAUGCCAGUCUGUUGCCUAAUUCUCAGCACCCCAAGACCCAUCUCAGCAUCUUUGAUUACCGCCCCAAAUCUGCAGAUGAAACUACUGUACACAACCAGUUCCAACCACAGGGAGUCUAUACCAGUGACGGAUGCCGAAUCAAGGCUUGCCCUGAUAUUUUGGGGACACCCACCAGAUCCAGGCCUAGGCCUGUUUCCACAGGAGACCUUGAAAGACUUGCCAUGGCAGAUGUGGGAUUUCCAAAAGUAACAGAUCCCAAAUCCUUUCAGCCACUUUGUCCAGGAGGAGAAAUCCAGUUUUACUGUGUGGACCCCAAAUACCAGAGUGACUUGGUCUCUAAGAGUGGGAAUGAUGUGUACCCUUACCCCAGCCCCCUUCAUGCUGUGGCUUUACAGAGCCCACUUUUUUCUCUAGCAGGACCACCAUCAGAAACAGAAGGCCAUCCUUUGCUUAACAAAGUUGCACCUAAUGCUGUUGGGCCCAGUUUGAUUAGGACUCGGCCAGUCAUGGAGGCUAGGCCAGGGGGUUACAUCAACAAACUGCUCCAGCUGACACGCUAUAGAGGAAACAAUCAGGCGGAUGCCAGUGAGAGGUGUCCAACAAAGAACCAGCCAUCCACAAUGCUCCAGAGACUCAUUAUAAUCCCCAGUGCUGGGGGAGUGAAAAUUAACAGCAGCGGCAGCCAGCUGGAAAAACAAGGGAGCUCAUUGCAUAGUAACAAAGCUGAGGGGAACCUGCAGAGGGAGAUGCCUCAAGGGGAAUGUGCCAAACAGCAGGGGACCAUGCACUGUGUGAAUGUAGAGCAGACAGCCACCAUGCUCCAUGCUGAGUCCUCAUUGGCUGUGAAUAGCUGUUAUCCUGCCAAGUCAUCUGUAAGGGACUCUCCUCUGAUAGAAACUGGGGAAAGCAGCCUGGAGCACAGCUCUUCCAGCUCACAGCUAGGAACCGAGGAUUCGAGCCUGAGUCCCCCAAAUACUAACGUUGCCCCAACCAAGAGAUCUUUCAAGAAAUCUGUCAGCCUCGGUGCCCUAAAGGCAGGUGGUCAUGAACUAGUGCCUCAGGGGGAGUUUGUUCACGCCAAGUUUGUCCCUGCAGAAUCCCAUCAAGUCAGGGUGCGGUUUGCGAACUCUAAAAUGAAGUCUGUGAAGGUAAAAAGGAGAAACAGUGAGAAGGUGCUGAGGCCUGGAAAGCAGACUCUUUAUGUGGAAAAGCCAAGGGGAGUUCACCAUGGUUCUGCCAGACUUCCUAUUGAGUGGAAUCCGCCUCAGAGACAGCUCAGAGGCAGGAACCUCAUUAGGAGGCCUACUUUUGCUGGGGAAGCUACAGGAAGGUCGUGCUCCGAGUCCAGCCUAUACCCUGUGCCAUUUGGAAUCCCCCAAGUACCCUGUGGCCCUGAACUAUACAAGGCAUCUGCCAAUGCCAUGUAUUCUCUCGAAGCAGCUUAUAUAGACCCAAGCACCAAGAAAAAGCAACGCAAAUGGCAGUCAACUGUAGAAAUCUCAGCAAAAACCCAAGUUGCCAGCCUUCCUAGUGGUUUUGCCCUGGGACCUCAAAGACCACAGGCAAGGCGAGUGGGGAUCACGCGGGCUGUGACCAUGAGGGCACGCUCAAAGAACCGCCAUCCCUUUCGUCCUGUAACAUAUGCCAAAAGUGAGUCUGACCACUCCGAAUACUCUGCAGAAUGUGCUUCACUGUUCCACUCCACUAUUGCUGAGACCAGUGAAGGAGAGGUCAGUGACUAUACAGCAAACCGCUUUGGGGACAGCGAGUCCAGUGAAAGUGAUUCAGAGGGCAGUAGCAAUGGCAGCAGCCUAACCCUUGACUAUGAUGACGAGGGUGAUGAGCAUGAGCUGGUCUGGCCUGACUCUUCCAUUAGGCCAUCCGCAGCUGCUCAGACCUCAUCCAAGCCUCUCCCACCAAUGCCUAAACUGUGUCGCAUCAAAGCGUCAAAGGCCCUCAAGAAGAAAAUUAGGAGAUUCCAACCUGCUUCUCUGAAAGUAAUGACCAUGGUUUAAAGUGAGAGUAUGCAUCUGUUUUGCCAGUUGGCUCUGCCUCAGCUUGUAAAACAAAGGAGAAUUGAAACUUUAAAGGAUUUUGUCAAACAAAAUGUGACUCUACUCCUAGAUCUCAAGGCAAGGGACUUUUCGUUUGCUAAGGCCCAUAUAAAUGACACUUGCUGAUUUUGCCUUUUUGUUCUGUAAAUAUAAAUUCCAUGUGUUUAUGUGGCUUUAUGCUCCGCCUCGCCCCUGCUCCUUUGGAUGAUGUUCUGAUAGAUGCGAAGUGUUUAGAUAAGGUGGCCUGCUCAGCCACAUUGUGUCUGAUAGAUCUUCUGGGAAAUAGAUGAGUAGCCUCUUGACACACAGAGAGGCUAUUCUCAUGACCAGCCACAACCGGGCUAAGGGAGCCCAACCCGGUUUCGGCUGGUUGUGUGCUGCAAUGGGAGCCACAGAGCUCCCGGCAACCAGCCCUCUUCAAUUCCCCCCCCCCACCACCACCAUUAAACAAGGUUAGCAGAGCGCACACUCUGCUAACCCCUUCUUCCUGCCGUGUGUCGCCAUGGUGACUCAUGAGUAGACCCCCAAUGGGGAGGCUACAACGAGCCUCCCAGCAUUGUGGAGGGGGGGCUCCCUAGAAUGCCUCGUGCAUUUGCGUGGGGCAUUCUGGUACUUCCAUGAGCCGGGAGGCCCCUGAUCCCUGCUGCCCCAAACGGCUCCGUGACAGAGCCGGUAAUUGUGUUGGUGGCUGAUCUGGCCGCCCAGAGUGAGCUGCCUGCUCGUGUGUGGCGAGUGGGUGAAGCCCCCUCUCCGCAAACCCCCUUAUGGCUCUUCACACUGCUCCUGUGAAGCGCCUCAGAGGAUUUCCCCAAAGUUGAUGGGAAGAAGGAUAAAGCUUUUCUGCUAAAGAUGGCACUCCAGCUUCUUUCUUGGAGGACCUCUCCAUAGCUGGAGAGAUUCGGUAUACUAUCACAGCUCCCUUAUGUGUUCUUCCCCAUACUCAUGCUGCUUACCCAGUAAAAAACCACCACCACUGAUUUGGACCAUAUCCUGUCAGGAUACCAGUUUAUUGGAGACUUGCCAUUUACCAUUGAGGGUUAGGGUCAGCAGAAUGUGGGUGGUUCAGAGGAAAGCUCGAAUCCCCCUAACAAAUUCAAAAUAUUAAGUAAGAUUCAGCACUGACUGUUACAGAUGUACUUUAUUUUUAAGAUGGAGUUUGGUUUGGUUUUGGGGGUGGGUGAGGGAAACUGCACUCCCAACACUGUGUCACAGUGCAUUAAAAUGGUUGCUGUGGCUGAGAGUGGAGCAGCUGUGCUCUCAUUACUGCAGGCUCAAUAAAUGUUAUGAUGCUACUCCUGCAAA